AUGGGUAUUCUCUUGACCUCACUAUUGCUGAUUCUAGCUUUCACAAUAUGGUAUCUAUCUGCUCUGCCAAGUAAUUAUCGUGCUGCGAAAAAUUCCGGCUUGCCUAUUAAAUUUGGCUUAUGGGGUUCGGCAAAUCCAUUAUGGCUUAUCAUUUGUGCAACUGUCGGUUAUUCGAAUCUAUCAAAAGUUUUGCCUCGAUUCAUCUUCGAUAGAGUUAAGAUAACGAUCCCCGCAUGGGAACAUUAUUGCAAGCAUUUUGUCCAUGAAAAAUGGGGUACUUCGUUUAUUCUUGUUACGCCUGGGAAAAAUACAAUCUUUGUCGGAGACGCUGAAGUAGCCGAGGAGGCUUUAACAAGAAGAAAAGACUUUGCGAAAAAUGAAAUUGCUCUCCGGGUUAUGGAUGUUUGGGGGCCAAAUAUAAGUGCAUCAGAAGGAGAAGAUUGGCAAAGACAUCGAAGAAUUGUAGCGCCUGCUUUGAAUGAGCGAAUCAUGAAGGAAGUCUGGAAUGAAUCUCUAACACAAACUCAAGAUAUGGUUUCUACGCUGUCAAGACCGUCUAUGAACGAUGCAUCAAGCUCGACCAACGUCACAUUUGAAGGCUUGAGGACCAUCACUAUCAACGUGAUUACAUUCGUUUGCUUUGGUACCCGUCAAUCUUGGGGAGAAGCUGUGAAUGCGAAAACGCCCCCAGAAGGAUUAGAAACUACAUUCAUAUCGUGUUUACUGACUAUUGUACGCAAUCUAUUUGCUACGGUAUUCAUACCUACGAAAUACUUAACUUUAAAGUACAUGCCGACUUCCGUACAGAAGAUGGGUAUUGCCAAAGCCGAGUUUCCCCUUCACCUGAAUCAAAGUAUUGCCGAAGAAAGACGUUCUCCCAGUUCUCGAAAUUCUCUCCUCACUUCUCUGGUGAGAAUUGCCGAUCAGGGUACGGAUUUUUCGCGCUCAAAGACGUUGACUUAUUUAUCAAACGAAGAUGUUACUGGAAAUUUGUUCGCUAUGACCGUUGGAGGAUUCGAUACUACGGCAAAUACCCUCUCGUAUGCUAUCAUGUGUCUAGCACUCUAUCCAGAAUUACAAAAUUGGAUCACCGCCGAGAUCGACGAAGUCGAAAGGUUACAUCCUGACUCCGAGUACUCUACCACCUUUCCUCUUCUUACUCGUUCUCUAGCACUAAUGUACGAAACGCUCCGUCUAUAUACAUUAGUCCCUACCAUAGCCCGCCGAACACCACAAGCACAAACCAUCAAAAACAUCAACUUUCCCCCCGAAACAGAAGUCCUGCUCAACACCAGUGUAAUCCACACUUUACCUUCAAUAUGGGGUGCAGAUUCAUUAGAUUACCGGCCCUCGCGCUGGAUUGAAACGUCUCCUUCCUCGAAGAAGGAAACCUUUCGAGAACCUCCCAAAGGCACAUUUUUAGCUUGGUCCCAUGGACCACGCUAUUGCCCUGGGAUGAAAAUGUCACAGGUGGAAUUUGUCGGCGUGCUGUAUGAAAUAUUCCGGAAGUGGAAUGUGGAGAUUGUGAGGAGAGAUGGGGAGACCGAGGAGGAUGCGAGGAGGAGGUUGAUGGAAAUUUUGGAGGAUAGUUCGCCGAAAUUGACGUUGCAGGUUAAUAGGCCGCAGGAUGUAGUUUUUAAAUAUGUGAGGAGAAAAUAG